GCCACAAACUGCCUCUGUUUGCGAGCUUUUGGGGCCUGGCAACAGUGAGGAACCCUCACUGCUCCUUGGCGACGGCUUCGUGACGCUUCAGACGGAAGGCAGAUUGCGGAUCACCGGCAACCUACGCGUGAGGCCUUUCGGAGCGCCUCUUAUAUCCCCCCUCUGCCCAGAAGCCUUCAUCGUGCCAGUUGGCUUAGAUGUGAUCGCCCCAAAUGUUCAAGCCCAGAAGCAAAGGCCGAUAGGCGGCGGUACCUUCCACAGCAAAGGAGCCCUUACGCUGGAAAGGUCGAACAUCACAGUUACAGGUGGCGGAGCUCGUUGGGGUGGUGGCUUGGCUGCUGGUGGCGACGUUGCCCUCGUCGAGGCCUCGCUUCUCAAGGUCGCCGGCAGCGUGGCAGAGCAGGACGGUGGGGGCCUUCACACGGCAGGAACACUGCGUCUUCGAGGAGGCUCCCAAAUCAUUGUGGAGGCGACAUCGGCGGCACGAGGUGGAGGCUUCUUCGCAAGUGGUGAGGCCAGAACAAGCCUGAAGCAGCACUUGGGUUUGUCCUUCGUACCCCACAUCAUCGCUAAACUUAGCACCCUUUGCCGCCCUCAUAGACAAACCUCUACUGGUCGAUUGGGCUGGUGGUCGAGGUGA